ACGAGGUGAAGUCACCGGGGCUGAUCCGAGCGGCCAUGUGACCGCACCGCCCGCUCCGAGAGGUCCCUGAUCCUCCUCAGUGCUCCUAGCCAGCGCACAGCGGGGCGGACGCCCUGCAGAACGAGAGCAGAAGUAGCCAUGGCCAGCGGCGGACAGAGAGUCGUGCUGAUCACCGGCUGCUCCUCCGGGAUCGGUUUGCGGCUAGCGGUGCUCCUGGCCCAAGACGCUAAGAAGCGUUACUAUGUGGUCGCUACCAUGCGGGACCUGCGGAAGAAGGGGAGGCUGGAGGAGGAGGCGGGGGACACUCUGAACAAGACCCUGACCAUCCGGGCGCUGGACGUGUGCAGCGACGAGUCCGUCACACAGUGUCUCGACGGCAUCCAGGACCGCAGGGUGGACGUGCUGAUCAACAACGCUGGAAUAGGGCAGAUCGGUCCCAUCGAGAGCCUGGGCAUGCCGGAGAUGCAGAAGGUGUUCGAGACCAACUUCUUCGGCGCCGUGCGCAUGAUCAAGGCUGUGCUGCCGGACAUGAAGAGGCGGAAGAGUGGCCACAUCGUGGUGAUGAGCAGCGUGAUGGGGCUGCAAGGUAUUGUUUUCAAUGACAUUUACUCCGCCUCAAAGUUCGCCAUGGAGGGAUUCUGCGAAAGCCUGGCAGUCCAGCUGCUGAAAUUCAACAUCAAUGUGUCUCUGAUCGAGCCAGGCCCCGUCAACACAGAGUUUGAGAUGAAGCUCAUGGAAGAAGUGGGGAAGUCCGAGUUCCCAGGGGCAGAUGCCGACACUGUACACUAUUUCAAAAACGUCUACUUGCCGGCCUCUCACGAGAUCUUUGUCACCCUGGGGCAAAGCCCUGACACUGUGGCUAAGGCCACGGCGAGGGUGAUCGAGAUGAGCCGCCCGGUGUUCCGCUGCCAGACCAACGCGCUGUACACCCCGCUGGUGGCCAUGAAGUACGCGGACGAGUCGGGCAACCUGUCCGUCCGCACCUUCUACAACCUGCUCUUCAACUACGGCACGCUCUUCCACCUCAGCAUGAGCGCGCUCAGGUGCCUGACCUGCAGCUGCUUCCGACGCAGGUCCGUCUACCCCAGCUGAGGAGAAGACGCCCCAAAACGAUUUCCCGCCCCCUCGUUUUAUCACUGUAGCGCACUACAGAUUGUUGUUUUUUUUUUUUUUACUUCUGUCAUGUUGCCCAGCAGCUUAAGUGGUGGACAAGAUAGCAACCUUUAUUUUAUGAAGCACCUUCCAUAGGUGAUAGGCUAUCGCGAUGAAGGGAUUCCUGGCAAGGCAGCAGCUCCUUCCACAUGAGGCAUCACAAAACCGAUCAGAGAAUCCCCCCCCCAUCUUAAAAAUUCUCUACAGACGCAAGGACGCCGUAUGUGAAACAAGAGAUGACUGCCCUUGCAGAAACAUCUGUUACAAGGCUUGGAUGCUUUUUUUAUACAAGCUACACUUAAGAAAGUAAUUUAAAUACGAGCCGACUCGAGCUUUGCACACCAGGCUGAGAUGAAAGGAAACUCUGCUGCAGCAUUUUCCGAGCAUCACAGAAGACUGAAGUUGCAACCUUUUUCUUGCCAGACUGAUUGUCAGGGUUUCUCAUCUUUUAGCUAGUAGUCAGGGCACACAAGGUAAUACUAUGCACAAGAACAAGGCAAGUGAUUCACAAUAUAGGGCCCGUUGCUUACCAUACCUUCCCAAACACUUCCCGACAACACCAGGAGCAAGAACACCGGCCAUCCAUGUGGCGGCUCCAGAAAAUACCCCUGACUGGUGUGAAACCCGAGUUUCUGUGGUCUGGAAGCAUUACAACCAUUAUUUGCCAGGCUCUGACUGGGAUGAUCUGAGUGGCAGUACACGUCCUGCUGGGCCCUGCAGGGUAGGGUCCGGUGGGAUUGAAGUUGGACUUGGCUUAGUCAUCUUCUGGUGACAGCAGCCUCUCUGUUGCCUGGUAGCUUGCUGAAUGACUGCACAGCAGGACACCUACAGCAAGCACAGUCAGCCACAACCUACAGUCUCUCUGAGGUCCUAGACCUCCCUGUGCUGGACCAGGGCUCACAGAGCUGAAUAGAUGGGAUGGCCUGACAGGCAAGGGCGAAGCAUUGCUGCAGCCAAGGUGAUCAAGUACUUAUUAUUCCAAAAUGGACGUCAAGAGGCAAACACAACAAAGCGUGUGACGAUGCCCGCAGGGUCAAUCCCAGUCAAACAUUCAUUCAGAAAGGAACAGCAAAAGAAUCAACAUUCAUGUAAUGAACAGCUACAAGACCAGCACCAGCCAUCAACACCCCACAGGAAAACAUGAGAAGCAUGCAGAUCAGGGGAUUGAAACUAAACUCUGAUCCUUUAAUUGGCCUGAGAAAAAAAAAAACCUAAAUUGUACUUGAACAAAAAAAAUUCCAUGGAUGACAAAAUCUGCUUGUCCAGCUACCUGGAGUUCCACAGACGCAGAUCAGAUUAGGGCUUGCAUCAGCACAUUUCCUCCCUGACGACUGUAGAAUGUGACAUUAGAAUGUGACAUUAGAACACAGUUUCUUUCCUGCAACGUUCAGUGGAAUAUCAGCUUUUGCAGUUGUUGGUAACUCUUCUUUACCCAGCCUAUGAACAGCAGCCUCACGCUCACACACAUUAGUCGAUGGAUAUGAAAUUUCAGAAAACCCUGAGUGCUGUUUUUUUUUCCUCUGUAGCAUUUUUAAAGCUUUUUUCAGAUCUUUAUCAGGCAUUGUUUGAAGCGACUGUACGGAUGAGUAGAGCACAACAAUUCCAGAUCGGAACAGAGAUAAAAGCAAAAAAUAUAUACUUCUUGCUGCCGUUGUACUCAGUGUAAAGACAGAGAUAGUUAUCAAAAUACUGGUUUCCAACCAAAUCUUUGGUCCCUGGCCUUAACGUAAGUCUUUAAACUGAAGAAAAACGUUGCACUCUGAAUAACUUUAUUAUGGAUUAAGAAAAUGUUCAGGAUUCGGAUCAGCAGAGAUGCAACCAAUCAGCAGGCCCAUCCAGAGUGCAAAUUGAGCAUUUAAGUCCAAGGCUCCAGACCAGUAAUCCCAAAAGAAGCCCCCAGCGCUCUGGGGCUGCUGCUGGGCUGAAGACUGGGCUGGGUAUAACCCUGCCACCCCUGGCAAGAGCUGCCUGAAACUGUAAUGAUUCUCCGCUCAGUGGCCACAGCCCUCGCAGUCCAAUGGGCAAUCACCUAUCGAGGAACAGGGGGAAUACAUGACCAUUCCAACUUUACUAAAAGGAAAAGGUGGACCGGUUGUGGUGGGCUUUCCUGGGGCCCAGAAUGUCCAAACUAACACUACUGGUGGUGACGUUCUUCAGUCAGGGUCUUGACUACAUUACCCUUCAAGAUCCCCAGGCACUGCUUGCAAGUUCAGUUGCGUUUGUCACGUGUACAAGUGUAGGUGUAAGUCCAAUGAAAUUCUCAUAUGCUUAAGAGUGGGGGUGUCAACCUGCGAGGCCUGGCUAGAACUCCUCUCAUGGCUGCACCAUCUGGCCUCUCUCGAAUUCCUCCCCGGUUCUACUGGUGCAGCAGUUUGUCACUCCUGCCCCUGAUCUGCCUUGCAGUGGGACUGCUUGUGCACAACGGCUGCUGUUUGUCACCAAUGGGCUUUAGGAUCCUGUGGUGUGAAAAGCGCUUUGUAAAAAAACACGUUAUCACAAUCGUUAAUACCAAAGUCAUUAGAGUAAAAUCAGUGGUUAAGGUGCACAGUCCCUAUAGAUGCCAAUGGCAUGAGGUAGACCGUCUCCUCUGUCACGAGGAGAACGAACGAACAAGACCAAGGGCAGAUGAAGACAAAGGUGUGCUGUUCCGGUGCGUCUUCCCUGACUGUGUUACCGGGGCCCUCUGUUGGAAUGAGACCUCUUAUCUCAGGAGGUGAAAAAGGUGCCGUUUGAUCACCGAGAAGUUGCCAAUCCAGUCAGUCAAAGACGUCAGAAACCAGGCUUAUCCCCACCCCCCACCAGCACCCCCAGGCGCUGUACCGAGGGGGGGGUUAGGGGGGGCAGCAUUCCUGUCAGACAAGCGCGGGAAUUGUAGCGCCAAGCCAGCCUGCGCCCGGGCCGCGUGCGCCGCCCACAGUCGGCGGGACCUGCCCCUCCUCUCCAGGCUGCAUUUUAAAAAACGGCUUCCGCUGAAACUGGUGGAAUUUAUAAUUUAAAUAUUUUCACUUGCUUUUCCUUCUUCCUUUUUGUAACUCCUUUUGAUCUGCAAAUCAUAUCAUUAAGCGGUAAUCAGGCUGGAAAAAAACCAGUCUGUUUGAACUACUGCUGGUCUGGGUGGAAAGCUUUUCUAAUGCAGCAUGUUUCCGCUUUGUUUUUUUACAAGAGGGACGUGGUACGAGUAUCUUUGGAUUAAUAACUUAUUUUUAUAAAAUGUUAAUUAUUAAAAUAAGUAAUAUAUUGAAAACAAUGUAUGGCUUUU